AAAAGAAUGAUGGUCACUCCGCUAGCGUGCGUCGCCCGCAUUCCGUAUUCCCGCAGCGCUCGUCGCGCUGCACGUUUACACAAGCACCCAAGGCAUCAUGUCUGACAGCGAGUCGUCUGAAGAGGUUCCGUACGUCUUUGGAUCCGACAGCAAAGACGAAGAGGAGGUCCUGGGAUCCUGGAAGUAUCCCAACGUGAUAAACCAGCGCAUUCAAGUAGACAAUGUCGAUACGUUUUUGCUGGAUAAGACACGUGAAGAAGCUGGCCAGGUCGCUAAAAGAAUAUUGCAGCGAAUGUUCGGUACUACACAGCAUCACCUCGACGGUGUUAGCGUUUCCAGUUUCCUGUUCGUGUGGCUGGAUUCGACUGUGCUGGCAAGGCUCCUGAUCUUUGUGAGCAGGAGCCUGGCUGAUUAUGCAGCAGCAUCUACAGAUGACAUCUACAAGUUUCUUGAGGUCGAGCUCUGGCUAAGUGUUUAUGGUGUAACCCCGGACUUCUUCUACGACGAGAGCAAUAGGGCUCUGUAUCCACCUGCUGAAGAGGCACUACCGCUGCCCAGAUAUCGCGCUAUUUUGGCAGCUUUAAGUGGCAAUCCGUUUACAAAAGAAGGAGGAUCCGACCAAUGGACGGCACCGCUCACACCUGACAGAGACAUCUCUUAUGCAUACGAACUCGCACGGCGGCUAUCCGCAGACAUUGGUUUUGUGGAUGGAACAGCGAUAGCAACGUUAAAUGAUGAUUUGAUCCGCUUGCGCUCAAAGGCAGUGGACGAUAUUGGCCUUACGCACGUGCGCAACCCGAAAAAGGGAUACGGCCCAGUGCAGCAUGGCGUGGUAUCGCUGGUUACAGGCUUGUUUUUGGGUGGACAUGUGGCUGCCAACGGCGAAUCAACCGUGGACAUUGUGAGGAUUCUUCAGCGAUCACUCUGUGGAUCAUCGACGGAGAGCCAAAUUCGACUACCAGGUAUUCUUCACGCGCUGGACAGAGGUUAUCAGUCUCAUGCUGUCAACCAACAAAUUGUUGACACUGGUGGAAGUAUCAUCGGUACCCAUAAGCGCACACAAAAGUUUCCCUUUACAUUUGGCAAAACACCAAGUCAGUACCGAAAUUAGUAUUAG